AUGAUGAAUCAAUAAGAGUAUACAAACUUAAUUGUAUUGGCUUUCUAAGGCAAAGAGACUUAGGCUAGAAAAAAGGCAGAAGAUUAAUUGAUUCAAAACUGUCAAAAUGAUGCUAGAUCUAUUGACAUUUUAUGUGAAUUAUCAUCUUAAUAAAAUGAUUUACUUUUAGCUGAAUCAGCCGCUAUUACAAUAAUAACUGCUGUGAAAAAAUUCAUUGCCAAUACAAGUAAUACUAUAUUGAAUUUAUAUAUAGAACCAUAUGCUCUUGAAAUGAGAUUACAUCAUGUUGAUCUCUUUGUUCAAAUGCUAACAAAAUAAAUAUCUGAUAAAAUAAAAGUCAGCAUUCAAUAAGCUCUAUAGUAAUUAGUUUAUUAUGAUAAAUGUAAAUAAAUUAUUAUUAUUAAUUUUAAGAGAAUCACUUCAAGACUCGUCUUAAAUAACAUGUAAUCUAAUCAAUUGAAACAAGAUUAGAAAAUAUGAUAGCAUCUGCAUUUUAUAUAACAGAAACAUUGUAAUUAGAUAAUCAAUAUGAAUGGUUUUAAUCUAUCAUCAAAGCAGGUAAACUAAUAAGUACUUUUUCUCAAUCUACCAAAAUAUUAUGGGCUAAAGUUCUAUUUCAUUAAUUAGAUCAGCAUCUCACAACUCAUUAAAUGACUGGUGUACCAGAACCUAUUCAAUAAUAUUUUAUAUAUAAUGAAGAAUUGUGUUAAGUACUUAUUCUCAAAACACAACAAUUAACUUUUGUAGGUGAUGAUUUAGAAUAUUGUCAUUUGAUAGUUGCAUCAUAAAGAUUAAUAUAUGGAUCUAUUAUUAAAUUUUAUAAGGAAGCCAUUAUAGCUAAAAAGUGUCCAUUUUUAGAUAUCUUAAGCAUUCUGUGUGAUUCUUAUAUUUAAAGUCUUGUGGCAUAUGUAAUGUCAUCGAAUUUCUCUUAUGAUAAACUUAAUCAGAAUCAAUAAAACUUAAUUAAUGAAAUAAUAAAAUUAUUGGCCAUAACAUGUAAGAGUAUUUCAGUCUAUCAUAUAUUUGCCGAAUAUAGAAUGGCUAUUUUUCUAGAUAUAAUUUUACCAUUCUUUUCAUCAACUUAAAAAGAAAUGAAUGAUCUUAUUGAAGAUCCUAAUGAAUUUGUUUAAUUAACAUAAGAUUUAUUGGAUGAGUAAAAAUCUGAUAUAAUUAAGUCAUCUGUAGCUUAAUUGAUUAUAGCUUAUUGUUAACAUAUAGAUGGAUCUGUAUCCUUCUUUACAUCAUUUUCAACUCUAGCUGCUACAUAUUGCAUUUAAAAAUUAUCAAACGCAGAAAUAAAAGAAUAAAUGGGAUUAAUAAUGGAGUUCAAAGAACAUUAUUUUUUAAAGUCCAUGAAUGAAAAUGUUUUGUUAGAAACUUCAUUAUUAAUCUUAUCAAUUUUGAGUAAUUAUCUUGUUUAUAGAAAUGAAGUGGGACAAAUAUUUAAAUCCUUUAUUUCUUCAUAUGGUGAUUACUUAUUAAAUUAUUCAAUACGUAUAACAAUUUUAUUUAAUUUUAGCACUUGUUAAGGCCAGACUAUGUACAUAUAUUGGUGCAUAUUGUAAGUCAAUUCUACAUGAGUAAGAAGAACUAUCUUAAUAGCUACUUAAUUUUUUGAUCAAUUAAAUCAAAUCUGCUAAAAAUGAAUUAUAUGCUAAUUCUUAUUGUGCAAUAGAAGCCAUUAAAAAUAUUAUUGAAGAACCAAAUUUAGAAAAACUUUUAGAACCAAAUAUUGGAUAGAUUCUAAUUGCACUAUGUGAAUCUUUAUUAUAAAGUGAUUUUGAAGAUCAUUUUGAUACUAUUAAAUAAAUAUUCAAGUAUAUAUUGAUAUUAUUAAAUAAUAGAACAUUUACAAUAGAACCAUCAAUAUUAGAUUAAGCAUUAGGUCUAAUAGUUUUGAAAAUCUAAUAAGAAUAGUAAUUAGUGGAAUAAGGAUAGACUGAGAGACAAAUUUGUAUCAAUUAGACAUGGAAUAUACUUAAAUCUCUACCUGAAAUAGAUAAGAUUAUACCUAUACAUUUUAAUCUUUUAGAAAAAAGAGUUGCUAUUCUAUAUAAAUAUAUCAUAAGUAAUUAAAGAUAUAAAAAUAAUUAGAUCCAAAUAUUAUUGAUUUUGAUGAGGACAUUGUAUAUUUUAUUGCAUAACUUAUAAGUAAAACUAAAUUUAUCAGUGACUAUUAAGCGGAAAUGUUUUUUUAAUGUAACAAAGUAAUAGAAAAAUAAAGAUUUACUCUUGGAUAAUUAUUUGAACUUUUUAAUUAUUAUAUUUAUUAUGGGAAAACAUUAUUUUCAAAUAUCAAUGCUUAAGAAUUUGUAUUUAUCAUAUAUAUAAUAAAUUAGUUGAUUUAAAUGUUGGAAGUUGUAUUUAAUAAUCCAUAGAAUGGUGAAGCCUCUUAAGGAGAAGCAAUUAUAUUAUUACAUUUACUUCUUUAAGAAUAUACAUUAAAUAAAGAUGUUUUAACAUAUAUAUAUACAAAAAUUUUAUAAAGAUCUUAAUUAGAGGUAAAAAAUGAUUUUCUGAGAGCUAGAUUGAUGGGUAUAUAUAUAUCAGGUUUUAUUUAAAAUUGUUCUUAAACAUUAGCAUGGAUAGAAUAAUAAUAAGGAUUUAUUUAUGAUCAUAUUAUAGAUUCAAGCAAACAUUGUUAACCUGAUUAUGAUAGUUAACUCUAUAUAGUAGGAUUUUGUUAACUUUUACUAAAGAAUCCUAAAUAUUUAAAUGUAGCAUUGCUUACAAAUUUUGUAACAGUUUUAAAAAGAUAAUAUAAUCAUGAUUAAAAAAAGGAUAAAGAUGAUAAUAAUGACAGUGAAGAUAUGUUUGCUUUUAAUGAUGAAUUAGAAGAUUCAAAAAUUACAAUGGAAGCAUUUUAAUGUAAUAUUACAAAGCAUAAUUAAUUUGACAUGUUUCAUCUAACAUAUUAACAUCUAAGAAGAACCUUAAAUAUACCAGAAUUAAUAUCAAAUGAUCCUAUUUUGAAAAAAGAUUUAGAUGAAAUGCUUAAAAUUAAUAAAAUUAAUUCAGAUGCUAGAAUUAUUUUAAAACUUAAAAAGAGAAAAGAAACAUGA